UUCUGAUAGUGUCGGUGAACUGUCUCAGUGUGAAGCUAGCCAACUAUGUCCAGAACUUCUUCACUGCAGCCAAGCUUCUCAUCAUCCUGGUCAUCAUAGUGGCGGGCAUCGUCCUCUUGGCACAAGGAAACACUGAGAAUCUGUCCAACCCAUUUGAAGGAGCCUCAACCUCCUUUGGAUCCAUUGGCCUGGCGUUUUACAACGGGCUCUGGGCCUACGAUGGGUGGAAUCAGCUGAACUUUAUAACAGAGGAGCUGAAAAACCCAAACAGAAACCUUCCCCUGGCCAUUAUCAUUGCUAUUCCCUUGGUGACUGUGUGCUAUGUGCUGGUCAACAUUGCCUACUUCAGUGCCAUGACCCCUACAGAACUACUGCAGUCUCCCGCUGUCGCUGUGACUUUUGGUGACAGAGUGCUGUACCCCCUGUCGUGGGUAGUCCCUCUGUUUGUCAUCUUCUCCACCUUCGGGGCGGCCAAUGGGAGCUGCUUCACUGCCGGCAGGCUGACCUAUGUGGCAGGAAGAGAGGGUCACAUGGUAAAGAUCUUGUCCUAUAUCAGUCUGAAGCGUCUCACUCCUUCCCCCGCCCUCAUCUUCAAUGGUAUUCUGGCCGUAUUCUACAUUAUCCCAGCAGACAUCAACACCCUGAUCAACUUCUUCAGUUUCGCCCUGUGGGGUUUCUACGGCCUCACAGCUCUCGCUCUCAUCGUCAUGCGCUUCACCAGGAAGGAACUCAAGAGGCCCGUCAAGUGUCCCAUGCCCAUAGCAGUGCUGGUGGUGAUAGUGUCCUGCUACCUGGUCCUAGCACCUAUCAUAGACAAGCCAGAGGUGGAGUAUCUCUACUGUACCAUCUUCAUCCUCAGCGGUCUGCUGCUCUACUUCCCCUUCGUUCACCGCAAGUUCAGCUGGACACGCAGGGUCAUGAGGCCAAUCACCACGUACCUCCAGCUGCUGAUGGAGGUCGUUCCUCCUGACAACAACGAAUAGAGGAAGAUAAUAAACAGCCUGAACUGACUAAUGUGGACAAAUGUCUUCUGCGUCCCAAAUGGUACCCUAUUCCCUCUGUGUUGCACUACCCUAUAGGCCCUAGUCAAAAGUAGUGCACUACAUAGGGAAUAGGGUGCCAUUUGAGACGCAUGAUUAGAAAACACAGACUUAGAAAGCACAGACUGUCUCAUAAUGAAGGUACUGUCUCAUAAUGAAGGUACUGUCUCAUAAUGAAGGUAAUGUCUCAUAAUGAAGGUACUGUACUGUAUCAUAAUGAGACAGAGGCUCUGGUUGGCAGGUUGGCAGCAGCCGUCUACAUGAUCUGGUUCCCAAACUAACUGACUGGAUACAGGAGGUCAUUGCCUGCGUCUAAAAUCCCUCCCUAUGGCCCUAGGAAACGGGGAGCCAUUUGAGACGCUGACAAUAUGCUGCUCUUGUACGUGACUAGAGAGAACAUAAUGAUGUCAUUAUAUUUUAAACGUUUUAUUUGUCCUCGACAUUGUUUAAAAUCCCUCAUGCACUUCUAUAUUAUCUAUAUCUAUGGUUUCUAUAUUAUCUAUAU